UACACAUACAUAUGCAUUAUUAUAUUAGGUAUAGCUAGGUGAUCGAUCGAUCGUGAUCAUGGGAAUGGAAGACGACGCCGCCGGGCGCGGCACGACGGUGCCGUUCCUUGUGGCGGUGCGGUUUGUGGUGGCCUUAGCGGUGGGCGCGGUCACCUUCGCGGUGAUCGUCAUGGUGAUCGCCAUGGUCAGUCGCCCGGAGGAGAUUCAGCUCUCCAUCGACCGGGGCUACAUCACUGUGUAUGAUGACUAUGGCUCGGAAGUAUUACCGACAGCGACGACGUCGCUGGCGGCGAUUUUAGGAGGGUUCGUCCAAAGCCGCCCCAGCACAGCACAACUCGCCGUCUCCCUAACCGCAAGCUACUCCAGCCAGCGCGGGCAUAAAGACAAGAUCAUCAACUGCUCAGACAUCACCAUCGGCCUAGUGGACAUGACGCUGUCACCGGCGUCGUGGGCAUCCGGCCAGAUGCCGGCGAAGAUCAACGAUACCAUCGUCUGGUUCAAACUCAACAACGGCUUCACGUUGCUCAAGGAUACGUCGCACACGGAGGCGAUGACGGUGACCAUCACAAACAGCAGCCAGAUCAUGGAGUACAUAGAGCACCGGCUCAAACAAGAGGACGUCUUCCACGUGUUGGUCAUGGUGCACAUCAUCACCCCCUCGACUAAUCCGAAUUCGCCUUCGCCUCCGCCUCCGCCUCCGCCUCCGUCUCCGGCUCCGGCUCCGGCUCCUUCUAAUGCUCAGUCUCCUUCUAAUAAUGGUCCGGCACACACAUUCUACUGCUGGCCCAUCACCAUCGGCUAUGGCUACAGUGCCCUGCAAGACACCGACGAUGUCGGCUGCAAAAGCAUAGGUUCUUCCGUUGUCCCUGGCAACCAAACCAAUAGGGCUAACGCGACAAGCGUGACCAGUGGCGAAUCUAUGCCUGUGCAAAUCGGUGGAUAACAAGUACGUACAAAUAAUUCCAUACAAAAUGACUCGAGUAAAAUUGAGAAUCCUCAAGUACUUGUUUUGCUUUUGUGUAAAGCACGGUAAUCAAAUAAUAAAUGAACUACUCCUACA